UAUUCCAAACCUAAACCAGAAAACAACACGUUUUCAUUGCUCUAAGCUAAAAUCCAAAAAUAAAUUUAAAAAAAAAAUAACCAUGGAACGUUGGCAUAAUCGUGUAGCUGUUGUAACCGGUGCCAGUUCGGGCAUUGGAGCCACCUGUGCUAAAAUGAUUUUAGCUGCUGGUGUUAAGGUUGUUGGUCUGGCCAGACGUACCGAACGCAUGGAAGAAUUUAAGAAAUCCCUACCCACCGAACAACAAGCUAGAUUCUUCUAUCACAAAUGUGAUGUCUCCAAAGAGGAUGAGGUUAAUACCGCCUUUAGUUGGAUCGAAAAGACUGUAGGAGGCACUGAUAUUUUGGUGAAUAAUGCCGGUACCAUACGUGAGGGAAAUCUUGUGGAUAUGCCCAUGCAGGAUAUUAAAGAUGUGGUGAAUACCAAUUUAAUGGGAGCCAUUUAUUGCACACAAAAUGCUUUCAAGAGCAUGAAGGCUAGAGAUUCAGCGGGUCAUUUGAUUUACAUUAAUAGUACUGCCGGUUUGGCUGGUUACAAUCCUGGUCACGAAUAUCCCAGUUUAAAUGUUUACACACCCACGAAAUUUGGCUUGAAUGCCGUGAAUGAGAUUUGCCGCCAGGAACUGAUUACGCUGAAGAAGAAAAUUAAGACAACCAACAUUAGUCCCGGUUGGGUUGCCACUGAAAUCGUGCCCGAUGAAACCAUAGAAAUGUUGGGUGAUGUUAUACUCCAGGCUGAUGAUGUUGCUCAAGCUGUUAUUUAUGCUUUGUCCACAGCGCCUCAUACACAAGUGCAAGAAAUUACUUUAAGAGCUGUGGGUGAAUGGUAUUGAAA